AUGAUUCUGCAAGCUAAAGUCAACACUACAAUAAACAAAGGCGAUACCACUAUUGCUUGUAAGAGACCAACGAAUCCAAAAAUGAAAUACUUAGCUGCAUACUUAUUACUCGUCAACGCUGGUAAGACCUCCCCAUCUGCCGAAGACGUCAAAGCUGUCCUCUCAGCUGCUGAUGUUGAAAUUGAAGAUGACAAAGUUGAGAAGUUGAUCUCUGAAUUGGAAGGUAAAUCAGUUGAAGAAUUGAUUGCUGAAGGUACUGAGAAAUUGUCAUCAGUCCCAACUGGUGGUGCUGCUGCUGGUGGUGCUUCUGCUGGUGCCGCUGCUGGUGGUGCUUCUGAAGAAGCUGCUGCUGAAGAAGCUGAAGAAGAGAAGGAAGAAUCCGAUGACGACAUGGGAUUCGGUUUGUUUGAUUAA